AUAAUGUGACUCACGAUAGCUUUUUGUCACAUGAGUAACGUCGAAUUGGUCUUACACGUCUUGAAACAUAACCUCAAGUUCACUUCUGUUGACAGCUGAGCAUUUAACGAAACGGGUGAUCAUGCAGGACUUAGGACGUACGACUGUAGAAAGAAAUUUUAAAGGAAAAAUUCCAAGUGAAAGUGAUGCGCUGGACGUGCUGGAGGCGCGCGUGGCGGCGGUGGAGGCGCGCGUGUUCGGGCCGCGGGGCCCGGCCGCCGCCGUGGCCGCGGGGGUGGUGCCCUCUGCCAAGGCCGCGGCGGCGGCGGGGGGCCCGGCCGGCCCGCUGGCGGUGACGGCUAGCCCGGCGGAGACGCGCCCCCUGCGGCUCGCCCAGGCCCGGCCGCCCCGCACGCGCCACUGGGACCGCCGCCGAGCGCUGGCGUCGGCGCACGCGCUGCUGCAGGGCGGCCACCUCGCGGCCGCGAGAAGCGGCGGCCGUGCUGCACCGGCGCCUGCUGGAGCUGGACGCGUAUCUGUCGCUGGCGACGGCGUCGGGGCUGGCCGGGGCGGCGACGCCCGCGGCGGCGGCGGCGGCCGCGCGCUGGCCGCUGGUGCGUCGCGAGGCAGCCGGCGCUGCGCGAGGCGGCCGACCGCCUGCGCCGCCUGGCCGAGCUGCGCGGCGCGCUGGACCCGCGGCCGCUGGCCGCCGCCGCCGAGCUGCGCCGCGCCUCGCCGCGCGCCGCCGCGCGCGCCGACGCGCACGCGCGACGCCGCGCUGCGCGUCGCCCUCCAGGUUGCAAAGUUAAAAGAGCAGCAGAAUGCAGCUUUGGAGCAUGUUACACUAGGACUUGCUCUUCUGGAAGCUCAAGUUUCAAGACUUGAAGUUGCUGCUAUGCCUCGUCAACCUUUAGAUUAGAUUUAUUGGUUAACUGUUCAUUUUUCUAGCUGUAUUAAAACAUUCAUGUUUUUUCUGCUGACUAUUGUUAUUUAUCAUGCUUGGUAAAAAUAACACAUCAAAUAUUUAUCUCAGACUUAAUCCAAGUUGUUUGUACUAAAAAAAUCAUUACUAAAUAAUUAGAAACCUUUAUGUUGAGGUAUGUUGUAACUAAUUGCAAAAUAAAUGCACA